AUGGCGCAUUGGUUUCAUCGUAACGUGUUAAAAGCCACGACAAAUCAAAAAUUCGAAUUAAAAAUAACUGAUCCUACUGAUGCUACAAGAAAAUUAUGCAGUGAUCUAAAGUUAUCAAGAAGUCGUCUUUUGGAAUUAAUAAAAAAUCCAAAUAAUUCAAGCGAUACUAUAGAACCAGCUUUUCAUAGCUAUUUAAGCUUAUUAUAUGGAUUUAUAUGGGAAAUAAAUUCUGCUGCAGAGCAAUCUGAACAUGUUGGCAGACCUAAUCCUAGCAAACUUAGAAAUGUUAUUGUAUAUAAAUGGACACAUACAUUAUUGGGAUUAAAUACUUAUAUAACUAUGAAUGAAGCAAAAGAUGUACAUACUAUGUUGAGACGGGCUGCAGGUAUAUUUACUUUUGUACAAACAGAAUUUUUACCACAAUUGGCAAAUCCUCCACCAUUAGGAAGUGAUUUGGAUCCAAGAAUAAUAAAUGCAUAUGUGAAUCAAUGUACAGCAGAAGCACAAGAAGUAACAGUAGCUAGAGCGGUGGAAUUAAAACAUAAUGCCAGUUUAAUAUCAGCAUUAGCUAAUGAAACAAGUAAAUUAUUUCUGGAUGCUGCUAAUACAUUACGUCCAUUCAAACCAGAGAUAUCAGCACAGUGGAUUAAAUAUCUGGAGCUUAAAGCAGCAUUUUAUCAAUCAUAUGCUUACAAUUAUUGUGGUGAGAAUUUAUUAGCUAUGGAUAAAUGCGGAGAGGCAAUUAAAGCCUUGCAGGAAAGUGAAGCAUGUUUAAAGAAGGCAAAGAUGUUAUGCCAGGAAUAUGGAAAAAUAAAUGGACCAGCACCUAGAGUAAAACCAGAUCAGCAUGCUGUAUUUAAACGAUUAGCACCUAUAGUAAAACUUACUCUUGAUAAAUGUAACCACGAAAAUGGUUUAAUUUAUCAUCAUCUGAUACCAGGAGAGGUUCCAACAUUAGAUACAAAAGCUACUUUUGGUUUAGUAAGUCCUAUUGAUUUUCAAAUGCAAUCACAUCAUUCUGUAUGGAACUUGAAUGUAUACAGAACAUUAUCCGGGUUAAACCCUGCUAAAUUAGAAAAAGAGCAAAAUUUACCUCCUGUUAAAGAAGAUUCAAUUCAUCAAACUACCAAAGAUCCGAAGAAUACAAGUGGA